AUGUUUGCCGGCCUCAAAUCCGUGAACUACGAAGCGCGUCUCGCGAUGCUUGAUCUCUUUCCUCUGGAGUACUGUCGCCUCCCAGGGGACCUAAUUCUUACUUGCGCCCUGUUUGAACAAAGCUUGGCAAACAGGUCGCGGGGGCUUAAGGCGCGGUGCGUGAACUUUUGCCUCGGCGUUACGGUCCUUCGUUGUACUCAGCUUCCUGCCUCUGCAUCAGCCCAAGGAUUAAUGCAAGAGUACAAACUGGUUGUUCUCGGUAGCGGUGGCGUUGGGAAGAGUGCCUUAACGGUUCAAUUCGUUCAAGGAAUAUUCGUAGAGAAAUAUGAUCCCACUAUUGAGGAUAGUUACAGAAAACAAAUGGAAAUUGGCGGCAAGCAGUGUAUGUUGGAAAUCCUGGAUACUGCUGGAACGGAACAAUUCACUGCAAUGCGAGACUUGUAUAUGAAGAACGGACAAGGUUUCGUUCUCUGCUAUUCAAUCACGUCCCAAUCGUCUUUCAACGAUUUGGAGGAACUGCACCAGCAAAUUAGACGGGUAAAAGAUGUGGACCAGAUCCCAAUGAUUCUUGUUGGGAACAAGUGCGAUCUGGACACUGAGCGUGUGGUAGGCAAGGAACAGGGUCAACGGUUGGCACGGGAAUGGGGCUGUGAAUUUAUUGAAACCAGUGCGAAAACAAGACUCUUUGUGGACGAGGUCUUCAUCAAUCUGGUUGGUCAGAUUAACGGCUUGAUGCCCGCGACUAAGCAGAAAAGGAAAAAGCAAUGUCGAAUACUUUGAACAGACAGUGUCGGAUGGGUCUAAGGCUUACUGUUCGCUAUCACAUCUGCCGUCUCUUGUUGUUCCUCUGGUCGCAUACACCCAGACAAAAACUGCGCUGUGACUGCAGCACCAUGCAUUUGUUCUCUUACACUGCCGCGGGAUUCAUUCCUCCUGCUCCUAGUUUCAUUCCGCCUCAAAUGGAUGAUGAACAUACUGUGAGCUCGGCUGAUGUUCUUGUCAGUAUGGCAUGUAUGCGCUCUGUCUCGCGUUUUUGGCCCGGCGGCGUUCCCCGUCGCUCUUGUUGCUACCACUUCCUGCUUCCUGUCACCUACUUGAUUAUCCUAACUGGUGCACAAUUCGUGCAAGGAACAAACAGAAAAGAAAUGACUCGAGCAUUUUUUCUGUCCAUGAUUUCACUUCCCGUUCACUGUCCGAUUCCGACCAUGUGAAUGCCAUUCCGUUUGCACUGUAUUUUUUCCGGACCGUCUUUUAAUUUUUCUCGCUUCUCCGUUCUAAUCUUCCGUUGCCGGUGUUUUUAUCCACCAUUUCUGUAUGAUACUGCUUUGCUUCUCUGUUUUUUUAAUGUUUUUGAAAGCGACUUUUCACAAUCAACAGGCUAGAUACUCUUGAAUUCCUCUGGUUAUAUAUAAUGUGCACUGUGCUCUUUCAUCGGUGUUGAUGCAACAAUGUAAGUGAGCAAUAUGUUUCGGCGUGUUGCUUUCGCGGCUUUGCUUGUUUGACCAGCUCUCUGACUUGUUUUCAAGAAAACGAUGGAGUUAUGCGAAUCUUUCCAUUUUGCAUACUACUACUACUCUAGCGAUUACUUACCAGUGAAGAUUUCCUCGCUCCAGUGUCUUGUCUUUUUUCCACUGAGUUGCGUCCAAUUAUUAUGAGAG